AUGGCUCCGUCUUUAACCCCAGACAUUGUGCCCGUUCCGGCGCCGACAAAGUCAGUCGACGCCAGCAACAGAACCAACAAGCCGGCUCAAUUACAGGUACUCGGAAAAACAAAGGAUGGCCGAAACUUGAAGAUCAGAAGUUACCCAAAAUUUGAAAACCUGGAGGACGAACGACUGUACCGCAAGCAGCAUUUGGCUGCUGCGUUCCGUGUCUUCGCAGACCGUGGAUUUGAUGAGGGUGUUGCCGGGCAUAUCUCAGUUCGCGACCCUAUUCUCACUGAUCAUUUCUGGAUCAACCCCCUCUCAGCCCAUUUUUCGCUAAUCAAAGUGUCCGAUCUAAUCUUAGUGGACGAGGACGGACUGGUAGUCGAGGGAGAUGAGCCUAUCAACGCCCCAGCAUUUGCUAUUCAUUCCGAAAUUCACAAAGCCCGUCCCGAUGUGCAUGCCGCCUGUCAUGCCCACAGUGUCGCCGGCAAGGCAUUUUCUUGCUUUGGUAGGGAGCUGGACAUGAUCACACAAGACGCUCUACGUUUCUAUAAGAGCCAUGGUGUUUACAGAGACUUCAAGGGUGUUGUUUUGGAUAGCGAGGAAGGCAAGCGUAUCGUCAAGGCCUUGGGAAAUGGAAAGGCCGCUAUUCUUCAGAACCAUGGUCUGCUUACUGUCGGUGGAAGUGUUGACGAAGCGGCAUUUUGGUUUAUCAGUCUUGAUAAGACUUGCCAUGCUCAGCUUCUGGCCGAUGCCGCGUCAGCAGCCGGUUACAAGAAGAUAAUCAUCGAUGAAAAAGAGGCAGAAUAUGCAGCACAACAGGUUGGAGGACCAGAGAAAGGAUGGUUGGCAUUCCAGCCUUACUAUGACGAACAACUAGCCAAGACCAAGGGUGAAUUCCUCCUGUAG